GUCUCCUCCCCGCGACCGCUACAUUCUGCGCGGAAAGACACUCUCUCCCGGUCCGUAUUUUAACUUCUUCAUCGAGGCCGAGUGCUACCUCGUUGGGUACCGGGAGGCAGUUUGCACCGCCGGCAUCACGGAUUGAGGGCGAUUUUACACGGAUGACGACUCCUUCAGCGAGAAUUUAGUAAAAGAAAACUGGUCGGAAAAUUCAGAACAUGCGGAGGGGACCCUAAUUUCAGCAUCCUGGAAGUAGAAAGCACUGAGGACCUGUGUCUCACUCCACAGACAGUUUUAGAGUAAACUUCAACUGGGAGUGACAAACAGUUCGAAGCCAGCACGCUUUGCCUCUUAUUUGGACAACUGUGUGAACAACCGAGUGAGAACAGGUGCAACGUGUGGCCACAGCAGCAGCGAGGAAGGGGAGGCGGCAGUGCGGCAGCGAGCCUCUCCGGCUGUGGAUGUGCUGGGUGGCAAGCCCCAGGCCGCACACAAUGUGUCUGGGGAGUCACAUCGGCAUGUCCCGCAGCCGGCCGCUGCUGCCACCCGCCCGCUCCCUCCCUUGCCAGAAAGCGUCCACUCUGCAUUCCUGGUCAUGGAGACAACUCCUCCGCUCCCAAUUAGCGGCGAUGCAAGCGUCCGCGUCUCACGGAGCGAGCGUGUCGCCCAAGUCGAUGGCGUCAACUUGUCCCUUGCUGAGGACUUCAGACCUUGUGCCCCCCUCGCCUCACAUCCACAAAACGCUAGCGAGUUUCGAGGGUUGCAACGUGGCUUACAUACUGUUACUAAAGAGACGAACCUUUCCAAUUGUGAGACGCAUCAUAAUCAGUUUCCUCAAGAAGGUGCUGGGAUCGCGGUUGGCUUACAACACAACUCGGAUAUUGAAAGACACUUGGAAUUUGACAGAAAACACACUAGUGGAACUGUUGCACCACAGGCUCAGCUCGGCUUCACGGCCUCAUCCUUCUCAAACGCUAGAGAGCACAGAGCUACGGAGCAUUCAAAUCAAGCAGGCGCUCGCCAAGACUCGACACCGCUUGUGUCUGCUCCAUCGAACUGCAGUGGACAAGUUAACCUGCCACGAGUUCUCAAAGAGGUCCAGCAGGAUGUUGUGCAUGUUAAUGAGAUGGCGGACGUGUCAAACAAAACUGCUCUUCUCUCAGUUGAAACACUUGAGACUCCAAAUGCAGGAGGACCUGGAUCAGGUUCUCCACAGACGCCGGUGUUGUUCAACAACACAGGACACGCCCAAUCGGGCUGUGUAAUUGAGGAACCGAGCGACAGUUCCCCUAAGUCCUCCGCUCUCUGCUCGGUACCUGACUCGGGCCUGCUUGUGUCCUUGCAAGCUGAGGCAGAACCAUCACAACCCUUAACGGAGACGCCCAUGAUUACUGAACUGGUGCAUUCCGCUGACUCGCAGGAGAUCGUGGUUGUCAGCGAGGCGGCGCACCUGGGGGGCGGCUGGUCCAACGUGCACUUGAAGCAGAGUUACCUCCUACAGCGCGCCGACGGAAGCGUGUGCGAGGCCGCCAUUGUCACCGAGCACACGCCGGCGGAGGCCAACAUGGACUUGGACACGCAAAACGUGGAAGUGUACCAGUUCUGUGGUUUGGUGGAGGAGGUAGCCGAGGAGACUGUGUGCGUCAGCACCAGCGUGCAGAUACCUCACUCUCCGGGAUACGAGGUCAACUUGUUCAAUGCUUUGUUGGACUCCUCAGAGGACCUCGAAUCCAACUUAGAACCUUCUAUCCCCACUAUUAAUGACCGUGACACGGUCAUCAUAUCCCAGCAGGAAGACGAUGCAGUCCAAGAACGGGUUUGUUCCAACAGCAGUGUCCACAGUCUCUCUGUAGCUGCAGUGGGGCAGCACCUUCUACUAGACACCAGCUCCAAUCAGGUGUGUUUGCUGGAAGUGGACUCGUUCCACAUGGACCAGACUCUGACACAAGUCUCGACGCCUUGUCCGCAGGUGAGCGAGGACAGACGGGAAGGCGGAUGGACACACUACUCUCUCCUCGCUUGUACCACCGGUAGAUGCUGUUAA